AUGUCUCAUUUCCAACCGAAAGCCGUCCGAGUCCAAGGCUCGUCGAUGUUCCAAUCACAUGAAAGGACGGCUAACGAAGGGACCUGGCCGUCUGUCACGCAGGCGGCGGAAAUGCUAGAGCGCGGUGAGCGUCUGCGUGAGGAUGCCGGGGUGUACGACACGCGAGAUAGGGCUGGAAUUGUUUUAUAGAAGGUGGGGUUUUUGACCCAUUGCUGGAGGUGGUGAUGGAGGAAGAGGUGGAGGUUGAGAUUUAAAUGAGCGUGGGGAUGGGGGUGGGUGGUAGUUCUGGACGGUAAUUCGCAUUCUGCUCGUGUUUCGCGUAAGCGAAAUGCGUGAAUUUGGAGAGUGGAGGAGGCAGGUGUGGGGCGGAUGAGGUUGGACGGCGGCUAAUAGGGUGACAGAGAUUUUGCAUGACUGUUCCGGUCAGGCUUAUUUCGUUUCGUUUCAGAGUAUACCUUCGGCAAGAUUCGCUUUAGUCGCUGGAGGGUCGACAUCAAGGAUAGUUAUUGUUUUCUGUCAGAGAAGUGGGCUGGUAUUCAAAACUG